AUGGAAUCAGAGCCUCUUGUGGAAUGGAUUGUCCUGAUUCCCGAUAUUCAGGGCUCUUUGGAGAGGCGGAUGAGUGUGAGAGAGACCCAUGUCAAAGAAUUGAUCAAACACAUUGAUUCCGGUCUUUAUCAAAUGGGAGGAGCGACAUUGGACGCAGACCAGAUCGAUGGAAGCGCUAUUAUUGCUCGCGCUAAAUCAAAAGUAGAGAUUCUGGAUGUGCUCAAGGCCGAUAUCUACGCACUGAGUGGAGUUUGGGACUUGGACAAUGCUAAAUUCAUUCCUUUCAAGUGUGUCUACAGGCUUGCGCAUGUUGAUGCCAAGAUUAUGGGGGAUUUGUGGAAACCGUCUUAG